AUGCCGUUAAUGUUGCUAUCAGAGGACCUCCUAUCCGGUAUAAUGGAAUGUUUAGAUGGCGUCUCUAUGCUUUCAAUGGCUCUGACCUGCCGUCUACUCUAUCAGAUCUUCCGAUCUGCCAGAAUCCAGUAUAUCUACGAGCUCGGGGUCAGCUCUAUGCAAGAUUCGGGCUCUGGUAGACCCGCGGAAGAGCUCCUGGCCGCUUUACGAGAUCGACAAAACGCUUGGAGGGGGUUGAACUGGAAGAGUGUCGAAACCGUGAAGGCCAGUCGCCCUUUCACUAUCAUAGAACACGUCGCCGGCGCCUUUGCUCAAGCCUAUGGACAAUUUCUUUCUGUGUCCUGGCUCCCAUCCGCCACCCGGCACGGAACUCUUGCAACUACAGACAUGGGCUCUAGGAUUCGUGAUUUCGUGAUUGACGUAGCACAAGAUCUUGUUAUCGUUAUGCACGAAGAAUGGACCGGCGGAAUCGGUCGUGCCAACCUUUAUUGCCGCACAAUCUCUACGAGCGAGCCACACCCCGCCUGCUCGUCACCGUCUCCUGUGUCUUUUGAAGUGCGCCAACUUACCAACGUAAUGUUCUCCUUGAAGCUGGAGGUGGCCUCCGAUGUGCUCUUCGUGACCGUGUGGACGGGCCCCGCCCUGAGGCUUAUGAUCUGGAAUUGGAAGACCGGACUGCUUAUUCAUGACUCGCUUGAUGAACUGGCUCCUCUCGUCUUCGAGCUGGACAUCGUUCGGCGGGACGUCUUCAUUCUCACCUCGGUCGCUGAUUCAGGGAAGAUCUUCGUUUACCAAAUCGACCCCACGGUGUCUCGUGCCCCCGUCCUUAUCGUGACGCUCUCCUUGCCCAAGAACAACGUAAAUAUAAUACGGUUCACGGCUCGCUCAGGACAGUUCCAGGAGCGUCCGACACCAGGCACGCUAUUCAUGCCCUCUCCCACAUCCCGCACGCACGUCUUCUCUUUUGAGGGGGAGGACAGAUCGUGCUAUACGCUCUUUAUUCGCAGCAGCACUUUCCUGCGAUAUGUUGAUCAGGGCUGCAAGGGGCUGGAGGUGCCGUGGAGUGGUUGGGGUGAGAAAGAGACGCGCCUGAUGGAGCAAAGAAUGGAAGGCGACUGGCGUCGGUACGUGCACGGACAUCGCGUCGUCUGCAACUCCAUCGACAAACAAGGAGUCGAUGUAUUGGACUUCUCUCCCUUUUCCACCUCCAAAUAUAGUUCCCCUAUGCCAGGGUCUCAAGGACAGCAGUACUUCAGUGGUGAUCCUACCGUGAUCUCCAAAGACGAAGGGAGUUUCGAGGAAGAUGUCGUAACACGCCUCCCGUACCAUGUUGCCUCACGUGAAGUGGAGAACACGCCGCACGCUUACUUGAUUGACGAAGAGCGGAUCGUUGGCAUGAUGUUUAGGACGGACGCAUUCGAAUUGACGGUUUAUUCGUUCUAG